CAUAUUUAAGAAGCUGAAAAAUUGACAAAACUGGUUUGAAUUCUUAAAAAGUAACUUAAACUGAAUAGUUGCUGAUUGGUUUAAUAAUGGAUUCAUUCAGUAUUUAAAUGUUGGAAUGAAGAGGGAGGACCUUAUUCUUACUCCUGUUUACUCACGUUGUUGUCAUGUUCAGGACUUUACUCAUGAGCGACUUUGAGGAGAGAGAUUUCUUCUGGAAAUCCUGGAAGAAGAAGAAGAAGCAGCAGCAGAAGACGAAGAAGAAGAAGAAGAAGAAGGACGACAACGACGACAACAGAGUGAGAGAUGUGAUGGUGGAGCAGAAAGAAAAGAAACCGGCUCAUGGUUUAAACGACUGUUUGUUCUUGACGCAGCAGAAAGUAAAAAACUCUGCUCUCUGCAGUAAAGAAUCACAGAAGAAGAAGAAGAAGAAGAAGAAGGUGGUGUUUGAUUUGUCAGCAGGUCACGUCCCAAUCAAACGUCCCACGUUUGUCUCCUCAUCACCUGGAAGCAGCCGGGGUCAAGCACAGGUCAGCGACGAUGACGUCAACAGUCAGGACCUCUUCAUCACGCAGAAGAUCUUCAGGCAGCCAAUCACAGAGCUGCACUCCCCUGAAGGUCAGGAAAGGUCACGCACGUGUCUUCAGGACGAAGAUCAGAGCCCGGUCUUCACGCUGCAGAAGACAGAAUCUUUGUCUUUCCAAAGAUUCACAGAGUCAAAACUCACACGGGUGAGAAGACCAGAUCCACUGGCGGCAAGCUCCACCCCCCCGGAUGUGACGGACUCACAGACGCAGUGCUGUCCGUCAAAGCGACGGUCAGGUGGACCUUCACCUCUUCGUCACGUGACCACACAGACGGAGAACUUGUUCACCCCCCGACUCUCCUCGUAUCUCCUCUUCUGCCAAACACGUGGAGCCGUGCAAAAAGUCACGCCGCUGGACCUCAGUCUGCCCACCAGAACCAGGAACCACCUGGGCCUGGACCUGAGUCUGCCCACCAGAACCAGGAACCACCUGGACCAGAGACCGGCCUCUCUGCCAUGGUCUCAGGUGAAGGCGGAGUCUUCAGGUGAUCCGCGUAAAGACAAAUCUGUCGACGCGACAGCGUCCAGCGAAGACGGUGAUCCACCUUGUGACACAGGAAGACUAGACCUGACCCAGGUCAGAGCUGUUCAGACCAGACUCAACGAGUCGUUCUUCUUCAAGACCAAAGGAGACGAACACGCACACAGACCCGAGUCUCCACUGAUGAAGCUCACGCUGGGCAGAGACAUGAAGAGCAGGAAGUCACAGAGGUCAGGGGAAGGUCACUGAGAGAGAUAUAGACGUGAUCAUGUGACGUACAGAUCACAGACUUAAACUGACGGAGAUUUCAUGACACGAGUCUUUAGUGAAGAGACAGAUGUUUGUGUCUGUGCUGGCGGCCAUGAUGGUUGAUGUUUCAGCUCAGGUUUGUUUCCAGGUUUAAAACUGUUUCAUGUUUACAUUCACUCAGGUUCUUGUGAAAGUUCACUUUUAUUAUAAGUCAGUGUGUGUGUUCAAAAGUUCAAAUGUAUUUACUGCAGAAAGUGUUUCUAUGAACAUACAUUUUAUUGUUUUUUCGUUGUCUGAACAUCCAAAUACAGGCUGUGAUGAGGUCAAAGGUCAUUUCUGAACAACUGUAUGUUACCACGGCAACAUUCAGAUUAUCACAGAGGUUUUCAUGGUUGUUAUUAAACAGAAUCAUCAUUGA